AUGAGCUYGAAUUUCGACGACAAUACCCUCAAGAACCACCCCCCGCCGCGAAGAAGCACGAGGGCACUGCGAAACUCCGAGCAGCAACAGCAGCAGGUCCCUCGGCGCGGUCCUGCGCCCAUCACCACCAAUUCACUGCCGGCGCGCAGCGAGUCGUCACCCUUUUCGCCGCCGACACAUUCCACCCCAAGCUUCACGUCCGCUGGCUCGAGUGCUAUCGGCCCCGGCAUCUCACGUCUUGCGCGGCACUCGCCAUCACUCUCAUCCACCGUCGGAUCCCCAGCUUCCUCGACCGGAUCGCACGGGGGGCUUGCCAGCUUGCUCACCACCCAGCUACAUAUCCUAUUAUCAACACUCAAGGAGGGAUCGUCGCUGGAGACGCAGAGACUGAAGAUCAAAAAGCUUCUAGAUGAUAGCGGCAUGGAGAUGUUCUCACAAUUCUUCGGCCGGCUUCUCCAGACCAAUGCGGCCACCAUCUUCUCUGGCGCGCCCAAGAACAGAGAUAGCUAUCCCGUCCUAGUAGCGGAGGUGGAAAAGCUUGCGGAGGAUCCUGAACAGGCCGACAAGAUAGCACAGUCACUCGAGGGUGAUUUUGAACUUGCGGGCUUUAUCCAGCACUUUUCCCUCGAGCCAACUGCUAAAGCUUCACUCUUGACCUCACUUCGAACGCUGGCUUCCAAGCCCGAGCUGCGCGCAAAAGCCGACGCACAGCUCUCCGCAAGCUUCCAAUCCUUCAUCACGACAGUUGUGGACACUGAGCACGACAUCUCACCGCUCGUGCUCGCUGCAAUUGUGGAACGCCUCAUCAAAUCUCCAACGAGCGACGACUCACAGCGCGAGAAUUUAUUCUACGCGAUCCGAGUGCGCUACAUCACACACCUCAACACGCGAGUACCGCCACCCGUCGAAUCGGCCAUGUUCCUCGACGAGCUAUUGGCGCCGACGCCAGAGAACCGGCUUGCAAAGCAUGUGGAACAGCUAGGACCAAAAGUGACGGCGAGUGCAGAGGCGUGCAAGGACAUGCUGGCUGGUGUGGAGACURGAGAUAUUUCCUUCUCACAAAUCGCCAAUGCACUGCUGCUGAUGGUCAUGGCUCAAGAUGGAAAUGCAUUUGACCCGGGCGUGUUUGUGGAGGCAGUGAGGCAGCACCGAGCGGGGCAGAAAAUCGACUGGACGGAUGUGGUGGCCGGAUUCGACAAGGAAAGCCUCAGGGUGACGAAGAAGCAGUUCCUCUCGCUCUAUAACGCGCUUCUGCCGCUUGCCAGAGAGUAUGCAAACUUCGACAUCCAGACGUUGUGGGGCUCCACGCGAUGGACAUACGAAGAGACACAGCUGAGCUUCGUGGUCGCCUUCCUUUCAACCACACCAGAAGAGCUGGAUGUCAUGCAAAUUCCGAAUCUGCGUCAAGCCUUUGACCUGACCGACUUUGCGGAUGCAUCAGACAGCGUGCGUGCAUUCGCCGAGCAAGCCAUCAAGCACCCUUUGGUAUCGCGGGAUGCGAUUGAGUCGCUGUUCAACAUGAUCUUCCGAUCUCAGGAGACCUACAACCUCGCACAGUCGCUUGGGAUUCCAAACACCGUCAUCAACCAGAACAUGACGAUCUUUGUGUGUGCUGCGUCCGCCGUGCCAAAACCAUGGGUAGCGUUGCAAGAUCAAGCACUGAAGCAGCUCUUCUACCCAUUUCUGUUAAAGCAACACGACAAUUACGACUUCGUAAUGCAUUCCUUAUGGCAGCACGAUAGGAACUGGCUUGCCCUGAGGAUGCUCGAGUUCUACAAUUCAGACCCGAUGUUGCUUUCCUUCAUCUUCGACCACGCGUUGGAGCACGGAUGGCUGGAAAUAUUGCUUGAUACUACUCAGCCUAGCGGCUUCGCGGUGGAUCUAGCAAUGUACGCUCACGGAAAGGGACACUGCAAUCUGGAUGAAUGGGCCCAGCAGCACAUUUCGCUAUAUGGCCUGGUCAACUUUGCCCGCGCAGUGGCGGACUUCCUCAAAAGCAAAAUGGAUGAUGAAGCUCUGGUGCAGCGCGAGAGCUCUGCACCAUCGACACCCGGAUUGGAUGUUAAGACCGUCCAUACCCUGCUGCGACUGAUCACCGAUGCUGUUCCGGAGGAAAACCUUGGGCCCAUGUCCAGGACGUGCAUGGCAUUGUACCCACGACUCUUCAACUACGGCCAGGACCCCAGGCGUGACUCCGUCAUUGACUCUAACGGUCAGCAAGGCAACCACCUUUCCGAGGACGCGACCAGGGAGAUGGAAGAGCGUUACAAGAAAAUGUAUGGUGGCAACAUCACCCCAGAUACACUUGUCGCCGAUCUAAACCGGCUCAAGAUUUCGGAAGAACCCAAGGACCAGGAGCUCUUUGCGGCGAUGCUGUAUGGCUUGUUUGAAGAGUACAAUUGCUUCGGUGAAUACCCAAACGAAGCUCUCGCUACCACGGCCGUGCUAUUUGGCGGACUUGUGUCCUACCAUGUUCUCUCCGGCCUGGCUGAGCAAGCUGCUCUUAACAUGAUCAUCGAAGCAGUAUCAGAGUACGGCCCUGAGGAUCCAAUGUACAGAUUCGGGCUCCAAGCGUUGCUUCAUGUGCUACCCAGGAUUAAAGAGUGGCCGCGCGUAGUCGAGCAGAUCCUCAGCAUCCCGAGCUUACGAGGCACCGCUGCGAUCCCUGCGGCUGAGCAAGCCCUAAAAGAACUGGCGCAGAAUGCUGCACUCAACGGUGAUGGCGCGAAUGGCAUCACCAACGGCGUUCUUGAUGAUGAGUUCUUGGACGACUCCACCCCUCUUCCCUUCUCUGCCAUCCGGGUCGACCCACCAUCCGAGGAGGGAUUCUACGAGGACCCUGAUGAGGAUGUUUCUGACAAGGUCAUGUUCCACCUCAACAACGUGUCCAAGCGCAACUUUGACGACAAGUUCAAAGAGAUCGAAGAGCAGCUCGAAGACAAAUACACCCAGUGGUUCGCGCAUUACCUGGUGGAAGAUCUGGCCAAGUCUCAGCCGAACUUUCAAUGGCUCUAUUUGCAAAUCCUCACCAAGCUCAACAGGAAGGAGCUGUGGACUGAAAUCAUGCGAGAGACGUACAUCAGCUGUGCCAAGAUGCUCAACUCGCAGUCGACCAUGGACAAUCAGCACGAACGGGCGACGAUGAAGAACCUUGCUGGCUGGCUCGGCUCGAUCACCUUGGCGCGGGAUAGGCCCAUCCUCCACCGCAAUCUUUCCUUCAAGGACCUUCUCAUUGAGGGAUACGAUAGUCAACGCUUGUUGGUGGCGAUUCCCUUCGCGUGCAAAGCUCUUUUCCACGCCGCUCACUCGAAGAUCUUCAGGCCACCCAAUCCUUGGAUCACGGAGCUGCUUGGCCUUUUCAGUGAACUGUACCACUUCAUGGAUUUGAAGUUGAACAUGAAGUUUGAGAUUGAAAUGCUGUGCCGUGAGUUUGGCGUCGACAUCAAAAAAGUCGAGCCGCUGGAGAUUAUCCGUGGCCGACCGACGCUCGAACAGAUCGCCAUGCAGCAGUACAUUCCCGAAGGUGACCCCAACGCCUUUGGCGACAUGGCACUCAUGGGUCUCUCAAAGCGCGGACCCAACGAGCGGUUCUCCCCGGAUGCCGUUAUUCAAGCAGUGCCAGAUCUUGGCAAUGUGCUUCAAAUUCCACAGGCUGUUGGCAACAUCGGUCAGCAGCAACUCCGCAGCAUCUUUGUCAACGCGGCGCAACAAGCAAUCUAUGAGAUCAUCGCUCCCGUUGUCGAACGAUCUGUCACGAUAGCAUCGAUCUCCACCUCCGAGCUCAUCCAGAAGGACUUUGUCACAGAGGCUGAUGAAGCGAUCAUGAAGGCUAGUUCCCAUAUCAUGGUCAAGGCUCUGGCUGGCAGUCUUGCACUCGUUACCUGCAAGGAGCCUCUCCGCAUGAGCAUCACGAACAACAUCCGCAUUCUCGCCUCUCAUAAGUUGUCUGAGCAGCUUCCGGAGGGUCAGAUUCUUAUGUUCGUUAAUGACAACAUUGACACGGUCUGCAGUCUUGUUGAGCGUGCGGCCGAAGAGCACUCCCUAUCCGAGAUUAACCUGCAGCUCGAGCAGGCUCUGGAUGUUCGCAGGGCGCACCACGAGCUAAGGCCAAACGAGCCGUUUGCUGCAAAUGGAACCCCGAACCGCUGGUCAACUCUGAUUGCCGAGCCGUUCCGACAGGAUGUGGCAGGACUGACCAGACCACAGCUGGCUUUGUAUGAGGACUUUGGUCGUCAAGCACGGCAGGUCCCGUCGACACAUACCACCAACGGAUCUCAAGACAGCAAUCGCCAGUUGCCCGAUGUGCUUUCAGAAGGCUACCUGCCCACUCUGCCGACACCCGCGGAAGCUCCAGCAAUGCCACGACCAGCCCAACAGCAGCGUCCUCAGGGCAUGCAAUCUGCCCAAAACCAGCAUAUCAACGGCUACCUCGACAGUGGCAACGUUCUUCAGCGAAUCUUUGCGUUCAUGGACGAACUCCAGCAGAGCUCUCGAGAGGCCACUGAAGAGCACAUCAGUGAUAUUGGAGAAGGUGCUCCAAUUCGUCGCAUUUAUGGACAGUUGGUUGGAUUGAUCGAGGCAGCCCCUCCUUCGCAGCAAGACACUCUCGCCCACCUUGCCGGGAGCCAAUGUUUCGCUGUCAUUUACGCAGAUGUUCAGAAGCGUCUGGAGAUUGAGGUCUUUGUGCGCCUCCUGAUGCAGCUUUGCAGAAUGUCUGUGCCAGCUGGCCGCCAUCUCACCAUGGAGCUCGCCACUAACGAUGGCGACCGAACCUUCAAUGCCGCAGCAAUAACAUCUCUGCACAAUGAGGGACUAAUGGACAUGCAGCACAUCGACGCUCACAUAUCCAGAGCGCUAAGGCAGAGACGCACUGUUGCUCUGCCCUUCCUGCGGGACAUCAUCGACGAAAUGCUAUUGGGAGAAAAUCCAGUAGCCAUGCGUACUGACUUCGUUCUUUCGUACGAAGCACUCGCACAGUGGCUUUCUGAAGACCCAUCCCUUCACAUUGGACACGACAUCAUGACGAAGCUUCAGAUUCCAGCCAACCAGAUCAAUGGUAUGCCGAGCCCGGAGUCCGAGCACUCCAAGAGCGACGAACGCGAGUACCUGUUCGAGGAGUGGAUCCGCCUGCAGCGCAAGGACCUGCCCCAGCGCUCAUAUCUCGCAUUCGCCCAGCAGAUGCAUCAUGGUGGCAUCAUAAGUAGCCCCGAGGAUGCCAUGGGCUUCUUCCGAUCGUGCCUAGAGAUGUCUUGUGACCAAUUUGAUCGCAUCAGCAGUGUGCCAUACGCCGCCCAGGAUGCGGCAUACGUGGCCAUCGAUGCGCUUGCCAAACUCRUCGUUGUUAUGGUGGUGCACCAGAGCCCCGAAAACGGCGAGGUGCAAGCUAACAAGGCCAAAUCUCUCGAAGGGAUCGUUCGGUUGGUGAUUCUGGUGAUGAACGAGCACCACAACAAGCAAGGCGAUCGUUGGAACGGUCGGGUAUACUUUCGACUAUUCUCCACGCUACUGUGCGAAAUCCACGAUCACCGCGAGCUUCUCACGCCCAAGCAAUUGAAGGACAUGAACGAAGUCUUUGCUACGGCAUUGUUGAUAAUGCAGCCGCGUUACUUCUCCGGUUUCAUGUAUCCAUGGCUGGGUUUGCUCAGUCACCGCUUGCUGGUUCCAGCCUUCCUCGCCAACGGCAAGGAGGACGGCGGCUGGGUGGUCUUCACCAAGCUGCUCACUGCACUCUUCAUCAACCUUGGGGAGUUGUUGUCCAUGCCCGAGGCGCCACCGGUCGCGCAAGACUUCUACCGCGGCGUGCUGCGCUUCUUCACAAUGAUGCACCAUGACUUCCCAGAAUACCUGAUUGAGAAUCACAUGCAUCUCAAUGCGAACAUUCCACCACAGUGCCUGCAGCUUCAGAACAUCGUCAACAGCGCAGUAACUCGGGUCGUAUUCAACGACCAGCCGGAUCCGUUCACACCAGGUCUCAAGAUCAACAGGCUUGAGGCUGUGCGAAUCGAACCGAGCAUCUCCCCUUCUGUUACCGGACCUUUGGAAGAUGCCAACAUUAUCAAUGAGAUGGAUCGCUUCACUAAUGGUGACGGGACCGACCAGGACUGGAUCAACGUUCUGGCUGCCCUGGAGCGACCAGAUGGCGCCCUAAUCGCAAACGGCAUUGUGUUGUACAUUGCUAGCUUCUGUUGUGCGUCCUCAUCGGUCUUCUCCUCAGCGACGGCGUCAGCUAAGCUUCUGGGCGAUCUCCUUCGUGAGACUCGCCCUGAGCUGCGCUACCRCAUCAUCUCAGCCAUGGCCAAUCAAGUCCGCUACGUCAAUGCGCACACUCAAUACUACUCCACCGCGCUCCACCACUUCUUUGCCACCGGCUCGCAGGAAGUACAAGAACAAAUCAUGCGCGUGCUGUGCGAACGACUGAUGGUUCCUCGUCCACAUCCGUGGGGUCUGAUCGUCAUGAUGCUCGAGAUGGUCAAGAACGAGAGCUACAACAUUUGGAGCCUGCCGUGGAUCAAGACGGCGCCUCAAGUUGAAUCGAUGCUCCUCAAUCUGGCGCACUCGCAGGAUCAUCGGCAGACGAGGAGCCCAAUCGGGGGCAUGAUGUAG